AAUAUCGUGACAGCGUUCACACACCGAUAUGAAAGUUUGCACUCUGUGAUGCAAGACGCAAAAAUUUCCGCCUUUAAAGCAAAACCAUUUAAGGUUAACAUAUAUUUACUUUCUCGUGGGUAUCGCAUUUGGUAGAAAGACUUUUUUGAUCGCUGAGAAGCGUUGUUUUACCGUCUCAUAAAGACUCGCUUCGAUCGAACGGUGAAAGUCGUAAAUACUACGAUGUCGUUUCGAGGGAGAACGAUUCGCUCGUCGUUCAGAAGAAAGCAAGUCGCCAAUUCUGAGGCGAGGGUUGUUAUAAUGGACAACACUUGCGUUGAAGAAAAAUUCGAAGGGGAGAAAGCUUUAAUGGGAGUUGAGGUAUUACGUCGUGUCGGCAAACGGCUGGAAAUCCCUGAUGUGGACUUGAAGUACUUUGGCCUUAAAUAUCCUGACUCAGACGGUCAAAUGAAUUGGCUUGUUCUCUCGGAGCCCGUGAAGAAGCACGUAUCGAAAAAGCCUUAUCAACUGCAGUUGGCCGUGAGGAUUUAUCCCGAAGCGAAUGAAAGCGUAUCCGAGAGCUGUCUGAAGCUUUGUUGUUAUCAAGUGAAGAGCGAUAUUAAUCGUGGCUUGUUCAUGUGUACACCUUCACAACACGCCUCAAUUGAUUCGUAUUUUGCGCAGGCUGUCAUAGGGGACUACAAACCUAAAACACACACACCGGGUUAUCUCGAAGACUUCUUGGGCUCCCUUUUCGAGCAUCCUAACGGCGUGAACUGCAGCGCCGGGAAUGUGAACCCGAGAGCUUAUGAAGACGACGUCGUUAAAAGACACGAAGGCCAUUACGGUAUGACGAGGAAAGAAUCGUGGCUCGCGUUGCUUAGUGUAGCCUCGACUAUUACACGUUUCAAUACGUUAAAGCACCAGGCGAAAGACUGCAGCGACAAGACGAAGGUCGAAAUUUCAGUUUCUCAAGAAGGCGUACAAGUGUUCAACUUGAACAGCGUCGAGGAACCGAAUUAUUUGAAAAAACAUUUCUCCUUCCGCGGCCUCGCGGUCAUUUGCUAUAAAAACAAACUGAUGCUUACGGCAACAGCUGGUAAAUGUAAGUUCAAAUUCACGGGCUUAUACGGCGAGAAAGCGGCAAGACGGGUGUUGGAAGACAUUCUUGAGGCUCGUUUGUACAAUAAUUGUGUCCUGACAAGGACUGAUCCUGUGGCGUAUCACUCAGAAGAAGCGAGGCGAGUGAACGAGUCAAUUCUAAACAGACGCGCUUCAAUUUAUCGCAGUUUCCGCAAUGAGCCAAUCGCGCGCAGACAAGGUUCCGCGAGUCGGGUUUAUUCGUCGAUACGCUCGAGAUUUUCGAAGAAAAAUACGAAAAGGUACAAUAGCGAGUCUAGCGAUGAAGUGGACGAUCAGCAAUUGCGGUAUAAGCAACGAUUAUCGCGUAUUGAGAUGCUCCCGAGCGAGCCAGCAACUGACAUGUAGAUAUGUUUAUCUUGCAUGCGAACACUAUCGCAUGAUGCAAGAUAUUCAGCGGAAGACGACUAUAAACAUGAUCAAAUCAAUAAGAACGACCAAAUCAAUUUCCCGUAAUAUUUUUUCGGUUCAAGGGCCCUGUUCAGUGUUCAUACUUUUCCCCCACGUAGGGUGCAUUGAAAGACUAAUAGGACAGGUUGUACAAGUCUGAAUGCGACAAAUUGAAGAACGAAUUUCGUAUUUGUCUGAAAGCCUGUGUGAAAUAAACACCCAGCACUAGACAUUGUCCAGUCGAGCAUACAAAACAGCCAUUGUCAACAGGUUGCUUUGUGUCUUUGUCUUAAAACAGAUUUAUGAAUUGAAAAUACAUUAGGUUUAAUCUUUGAAGUCAAAAUAUGUCGAAAAGGAAUUGAUGAAUUAUUUUAAAGUAAUUUUACUUGGCCGUGGCUUUCUGGAGUAGCGUAUUUAAUGUCGUAUUCUUGUGCUUAUUUUUAACGCUGAUUUUAAAUUCAAUAUUCCUUAUUUACAUAGUAAAUGUCUGAAUUUAAGAACUAACAACAUUCAGCGACCUCGGACACUCGCUGUUACAGAUAUAAUUAAGCAGUAUUUAACGAAUUAAAGUAAACUGUUAUCCAAUCUAUGCUACUAUAUUUAUAAUAAAACAGAGCUAUUCA